AUGGUUUUAUACACUUCUCCAUUUCCCAACAGCUUUCUGUCAGUUCUGCAUUCUUUUUCCUGGGGCCUGAUUUUCCCAUGUUACUGGCUAGCAGACAGGCUCGUGGGCUCUUUUGUUCCAACCACCUAUGAAAAACGUCAAAGAGCAGAUGACCCAUGCUAUUUUCACGCACUCUGCAUCAUUAUUACCACUCCCAUCUACCUGGCACUCUUGGUGGCCUCUCUCCCUUUCGCUCUGAUUGGCUUCUUGCUCUGGUCCCCGCUGCAGUCAGCCAGAAGGCCCUAUAUCUACUCCAGGCUGAAAGACAAGAACCAUGCCAAUGGAGCCACACUGCUCACUGAAUGGAAGGCAGCAGGGAGUGGGAAAAGCUUCUGCUUUGGCAGUGCCAACGUCUGCCUGCUGCCUGAUUCCCUGGCAAGAUUUAAUAACGUUUUCAAUACGCAGGCCAGGGCUAAAGAGAUUGGCCGGAGGAUCCGAAAUGGGGCGAGCAGGCCACAGAUUAAAAUAUACAUAGAUUCUCCUACCAACACAUCCAUCAGUGCAGCCAGUUUCAGCAGCCUGGUCUCCCCCCAGGCUGGAGAUAACCGCACUGUUAAUGCUGGCAUCAAAAGGACAACAUCAAUGGAGUACAAAGGAGACAAUUGUGGCUCAAACAAUGGCGAGGAGAACAGAGAAGAUAAAGGUGGAAGUGGAGAGCCACAUGAGGGAGAAGAAAACACUUGCAUUGUCCGUAUCAAUGGAGAGGAGAAUGGCCACAUGUCAGACACAGAAACAGACACCGUCAACGGCCAGGCUCGUGCCAGUGGCCCCGCAGAGCCCUCACUGGAAGGUGAUGCAGAGGUCUCAAAAACACCAAACCACAAACAGAAGGAAGGAGAUUCUGGGAGUUUAGACAGCUGCUCUGCCUCACGAGAGUCCCUAGUCAAAGUCCGUGUUGGAGAUGGUACAGUGGACCAAAGCACUGUCAACAACAAGCUCCUCUACAAAGCUUCAAUCAUGAAGAAGACUUCCGUGCGGAAAAAGAAACACACAGAUGAGACCUUUGAUCAUGAGAUCUCUGCUUUCUUCCCUGCCAACCUGGACUUUCUGUGCUUGCAGGAAGUGUUUGACAAAAGAGCUGCAGAGAAAUUGAAAGAGCAGCUCCAUCACUAUUUUGAAUACAUCGUCUAUGAUGUUGGGGUCUACAGCUGCCAUGGCUGCUGUAGCUUUAAGUUUGUGAACAGUGGUCUACUUUUUGCCAGCCGCUAUCCUGUUAUGGAUGCUGCCUAUCACUGUUACCCCAAUGGAAGAGGAAUGGACUCCUUGGCUUCCAAGGGAGCCUUGUUUCUCAAGGUGCAAGUGGGAAGUACACCUCAGGACCAAAGAAUUGUGGGAUACAUUUCCUGCACUCACUUGCAAGCUAUUGCAGGAGACACAACUGUUCGAUGUGAGCAACUGGAUAUGCUUCAAGAUUGGCUGUCUGAAUUCAGAAAAUCUACCUCCUCCUCCAGUACAGCCAAUCCAGAGGAGCUGGUGGCUUUUGAUGUACUCUGUGGAGAUCUCAACUUUGAUAAUUGCUCCUCUGAGGACAAGCUGGAGCAACAGCACUCUCUGUUUACACACUACAAAGACCCGUGUCGAGUUGGUCCUGGGGAGGACAAGGCUUGGGCAAUCGGUACCCUGUUGGAUCCUGAAGGAUUAUAUGAUGAAGAAGUGUGCACCCCAGAUAACCUACAGAAGGCGCUGGAAAGUGAAGAAGGGAGGAAAGGAUACUUAGUCUAUCCCACCAGCAAGAACCAUGGUUCCAGUCAGAAGGGGAGGAAGGCAUCACUGAAGGGAAACGGGAGGAGGAUUGACUAUAUGCUCUACACAGAAGAAGGUCUCUACCUGGAAUGGAAAGUGGAAGUGGAAGAGUUCAGCUUUAUCACCCAGCUGGCAGGGCUGACUGACCACCUUCCAGUAGCAAUGCGUCUCAUGGUGUCUACGGGAGAGGAUGACCCUUAAACUGACCAGCUCUGAGAGGUUAAAA